GGCGGAAGUGAGGGCGGGGCGCAUGCGCAGAGUGAGAGAGUGGCGGAAGUGAAGCGGCGGCGGAGGAAGAGGCGCCAUGGAGGCGCUGGCCGUCACCGCCCAGCUCUGCGGGCCGGAGCUGGAGCGCUACGGGCGCUGUGUGGCCGCGAGCCCCGGGAGCUGGCACCGGGAUUGUCACCAGCUGUCCCUGAGCGUCACCGAGUGCGCCUCCAACCAUGCUUUCCCAGUUUUCCCCCGAUGUUUUCCCGAUGUUCUCCCGCUGCCUCGCAGCCCCCUGGUGCGCCGGAUCCGCCGGGAUUGCUCCGACUCCUUCGGGGCCUUCGAGCGCUGCCUGCGGGAGCGGCCCCGCAGCGCGGCCGAGUGCGGCCCCCACGUCAGCCAGUUCCUGCUCUGCGCCCAGAACGUCACCCAGAGGGACACCCCCAGUGCCACCCCCAGGGACACCCCCAGUGCCAGCCCCAGGGACACCCCCAGGGACACCCCCAGGGACACCCCCAGUGCCAGCCCCGGGGGCACCCCCAGUGCCACCUCCACAGAGAAUCCCUGGAAUUAAAACCCAUCCGGGAAUGCCGAGAAAGCCUCGGAACCUUCCGGAAUCUCCUCCCAAAUCCUGGGAAUUGCCCCUCUGGGAAAGGAGCCCUGGGAUGUGGGGCCUGAUCCGCAAUUCCCUGCGGAUUCCUGAGCUUUUAUCCCAAAAAUUGGAGGAAGAAAUAAAAAUUCCAGCGGGGUCUCCCCAGGAAUGUUCGGGAUGGGACCAAAAA